ACCUCGAGCCCGAGCUGUCAGUCACACACACGCACACCUGUCGGCAAUCACCAGGAUUCGCGGCAUCCGAAACAUCGCAACAUGUCGUACACCACACAGAAGGAUUUUUUCAAUGUUGCAUUCCGUAACGAAGACCCGAAGCCCCCGGAGCGCAAACGAAGCGAUGGUGCCCUCAUGACGUACGAGUUCUGUACCGACGGGCGGGCUUGGGCUUUGGACAAGGACAAAAGAUCCAAAUACAUCCUGGAUGGAGUUCAUAAAACUCGCUUCAAAAAAGCAGUGCCACAUCCCGAAGGUCAGUUCGAGUUGUCCAGAGAUGAUCUGAUGCAAAUGGAGGUAUCCGAUUUGGCUGGUCUUAUCGUGAAUUUGCAGGACGAAAUCAAACGAAAGAAUGAAACCGUGCAACAACACGAGCAAACUCGACGAUCGCUCGGGGAACAGUUGAAACUGGCUCAACAACAAUCUCACGAUCAGAUGUUGAUUCAACAACAGUCGGCAAUUUUGGAACAGGAACGUAACGAAUUUGAACAACAGAUCGAAGACCUGGAGGAGGUCAUCGUUGGUCUAAAAGAUCGUGCCGAUCGAUACGAUUUGGUGGCCAAAGAAAACGAACUGCUCCGGUGUCGGUUGAUGAAACUCGGCAAGGAAGCUGACAACCGAAUGCGAUUGGCCACCGCCGAAGCAGAAGCCAACUUCAAUCGGAUGCGUGCCGAUGACUGCGAGAAGCUGGAAGCCGAACUGAUCGUUUUCAAGGCGGAGUAUGAAGAGCUUCGGAAGCAGAAACGGGAACUGAAGGAAGAAGUCCAAAAGGCUUCAAUCUGUAAAGUGCGACUAUCGGAAUUGAAGCGACAGUUGGCGGCCGAACAAGCACACCGCGAAAAGGUUGAAGAUGAAAUGGAACAUUUGCUGGCGCUCUAUGACGAGCAAUAUCAAGAACUUCAGCGUAAAAACGAUUACAUUGUUGAAGCUAAUCAACGCAUGGAAAGUCUUCAGUAUGAUCAACACUGGCAACAGGAUCACGGAGUGCCGGCAAUAGAGGAACCACUGACGGCAAGUUCAUCGAUUCAAACUCUAUCGAAACCGUCGACUUCAGCUGAAUUGCUGGUGGAAAGCUGUCAAAAUUGUAAAAGGAUGGAAACGGAAAUCGCACAAUUAAAGAAUCAACAGGGAGAAUUUGAUCAUCGUAACGACGCCAGAGUUCAGCAACUGAUAGAAGAACUUAAGAGAUGUCAGGAUGAACAACGGGCAUUGCUGACCAGUAUCGAAGUGUUGGAGAAUGAGUUGGCAGGACAUCAAAAGAGACUCAAAGACGCCAAUCAGAGAAUCGAACAACUGCUGGAAAAACUAGAAUCAUCCCAGAGUCAAGUCGAUCUUCUUCGGCGUGACUACGAAACGAGAACUAAGGAGCUGGCGGAUCGUGAAGCUGAAGAAUCGAAAUCGUUGGAACUACAGAAACAGCUCGCUAGAGCCAGAGAAGAAUUGUCUCGAAAAUCUGCGGAAUUAGAUUCAGUUUCGAUUCAAAACGAACGGCUUAGUUCAUCGCUAUCCAACUACCAAUCGAGAAUUGAAGAUCUGGAGGAGAGACAACAACUCAAGGCGGACGAACUUGCGGCUUCCAGAACGGAGCUGGAGACUACCAAAGAACAACUGAACCAAUACUUGUCUGAUCCUAAUGUUUUCACCGACAAAUCGGAGUUGGAUGCCGCCAUGCAACUUAACAACGAUCUACAGAAGAACAUCGAUCGUCUACGUUCGGAACUAGCCGCUGCGCAAGCUUACUCCAAAGAGCUGCUGGAGAAUUCCGGUGAUAAUGCUGAAUUGCUGAAAACCAUUGCGGACUUGAAAACCGAGAUUCGAACCAUCAACAGUGUAGUUAAGGAACAGGAAGAGGAAAUCGCGAGAUUAGGAGGCCUAACCGUAGCCGGGUCUUUACAGCAGCUACAAAAGCGUGCAAGGUCAUCGCCAAGCGUUGAACCGAAAUCAGGAGAUACGCAAAGAGACCGAUCGAAAUCAACCGGAGCACUUGGUGUGGAACGUUCGAGAGACAUCGAUGCACCGGAACGAACACCUCGUCUAAGAUCCGAAGGAGCGCUUGGAGCAGAACGUUCCAGAGACAUCGAGGAACCGAAAAAAACAAUUGGUCGAAAAUUCGAUGGAACGCUUGGCGCAGAACGUUCCAGAGACAUCGAGGCACCGAAAGAAACAACUGGUCGAAAAUCUGCGGGAGCAGUUGGUGCUGACAGCUCGAGAGACAUCGACGCACCGAAACGAUCAACCAGUCCAAGGUCUACCGGAGCACAUGGCUCAAAAAGCUCGAGAGAUACCGACGCACCGGAGGAAACAGUUCGUCGUAAAUCUGCCAGUGCACUUAGCUCAAAAAGUCCGAGAGACAUCGACGCACCGGAACGAACAGUUCGUCGAAAAUCUACCGGAGCACUUGACUCAACAAGUUCCAGAGACAUUCCCGCUCAGGAACAAAUAACUCGGGUCAGAUCUACUGGAGCCAUUGGUGAAAUUGACUUCGACAUCACAGUAGAGCUAACGCCUGAAGCUACGAAAUCGACUGGUAAAACUGAUAAAGCAGAUUUGGAUCUGGAAGAUUCGGUUAGAGAUCCGAAGGAUACACAACUGAAGUCGUCCAGAGCCAAGAGUGACGCAGGUUAUGGAAUGGCUGCUACUCUGGCUUCACAAGAUCCACCAAAAUCUGCGAAACCUAGAUCAAAAUCAGCCGGAGAAAUCGAAAGGACUGAUAAGAGAGAUGUUGUAGCUAAACCAAAGCUUACCGGAGCAACCGGUAGAGUAAGUUCAGCCGGGGUUGGAGCAGGAAUACGGAAGAAAUCACCUGAAGCAUUCGACGAUACUGGAUCUACAAGACCACGAAAACCUUCCAGAGCAAUCAGUGGAACUGUAGGUGCCAUCAGUCAAAGGAAAUCUUUGAGCUCAACUGUUGAAACUGAUUCGGCGAUCCCAAAAGCAAGAAUUCGUACAAAAUCAGCCGGAUCAAAGCUUGAGGCUAGCUCAACGCGGACCGGCCCUAAAUCGUCAAUCGGUAGAGUCGAUUCGACAAGACCUGGAGUAGAGCCUCGUACGAAAUCAGUUAGCAUAGUUGAUGAAGCAGAAACGGUUGAUGUUGCUUCACCAAAGGCUCAACUGGAAUAUACUGGUCCUCCGACGAAGAUGCCGUUUGAAAAAACAAAUUUGAAAGACGAAGAGACGAAGGUCUUGAAGGAAGAUGCAGUAGAUCGUAAGGGCGCCGCGGAUAUUGAAACCCCUGGCAAGACUAUCGCUGCGGAAUUGUGCGAUGCAGAAUCAGAGGAACCUUGUGAGGUGAAGAAAUCGGCAGGACGAAUAAUCGAUAGCUCAAGACAAACAGAGCAACAAUCCCGUGUCACUGCCGAAGAAACUAUCGCCGCAGUUAGGGAAACUGAUCUCUCCGAUCUAAACCGAACCAAAAUCAUUGCAAUGAAGAUAGUCCAACACGGCAUCAGUAUCCUCAUACUGCCGGAACUGGACUACUUGCAUCGGGAAAUUUACCACGCCACAUUGAAGCGCUACUUUUCUCUUGGGAAAACGGUCCAAUUUUUGGACGAUGCCUUCUGCGAUAACUGCAACAUUCUGAACACGAUGCAAACAAUGGGAAAUAAAGAAUUGCGAGCUAUGAUUUCUUCUCCGGUCAAAGUUCCGACGGCCAGUCCCGUUGUGUUGGAAGAUCAAAUACCGACCCGAUUGCCACCGGAACCAUCAACCUCGCGUCGACAAGCGGCCGAUGGUUCGGCAACCAAAUCGAAACCACGGGCCAAAACGGCCAGUUCCGCCGAAACUAAGGAUGCCAAGUGCGGAACCUCCUCAGCCUCCUUGUAUCCGAAUAGAAAAGCCAACGACCGUCUGUUGAUCGAUCGAUGCCGAACACGUCCCUGGAGAGCGAUGAAAACCCCACCAAAGUGAAUUCGAAGCCUUCUGUGUAUCGAAAUUUAUUUGUUACAUGUUUUGUUCUAUUUUUUUACAAAUGAGAGAAAAUUAUAUUUCCAAUUUUCAGUA